AACUAUAACCAACAUUAUAUAAGUAAAUCAAAUCAGUUGUUCGAGGCCAUUACAUCACUAAGCAGGACAAAGAUGGAUUACGCAAUAUAUGUGAACAACCAAUCACACUGAAAAUGCAACAACACACAACGACGACAACAACAGGAGGUGGAACGAAAUCCAAAUUAAAUGGAGUAAUGUCAGUGCUUAGAGCCAACCAAAAUUGAGUUAUAAAAUUUGUGCUGACUGUUGAGCAGAGAAAAUUGACUGCCUGCUGAUUCGACACGCCCCAAAAGUAAAGCUGCCGUGAAGUAGGCAACAAAAUAUUUAUGCGCUCAAGUGAUAACAACAGCGAGUACAACAACAACGAUAACCAAAGCAGCAACAGAAAAAGAGCAAAGCAAAAACAAAAAGCAGGCAACAAUGAAGGGCUUGACGGCGUUUAAGGAGAAGGCGACAGGCGUUUUUAGCGGCCUGAAGCCGAAUAUGGAGAAGUUCGAGAUUUCGCAGAGCUAUCACGGCGGUCACGGCGGCUACGAGGAAAUGGAGGGCGGCGAGCGUGAGGGGCAGGGACCGGGCGGCGGUCAUGCCUACGACGACGACGACGACAGACCCGAUUCGCCAGCAUCCUUUGAGGAAAUCGAACGCCCGCCGCUGCGCAAGAUCGACAAAUACUGCAAGGCCGAGUGCCCAUGCAUGCCUGCUCGCUAUACCAUCGCUACCAUGGCCUGUGUGGGAUUCAUGAUUGCCUUUGGCAUGCGCUGUAACAUGUCUGCUGCCAAGCUCAAGGGGGAACACAACGGGACUGUUUUUAUGAACUGGACUGUGGCGGUGGAGAGUCAUGUGGACUCAUCGUUCUUCUGGGGCUAUCUGAUUACGCAGAUACCCGGUGGCUUUAUUGCAUCCAAGUUUCCGGCCAACAAAAUCUUUGGACUGUCGAUUGUUAGCUCGGCAACGCUGCAUUUGUUUGUCCCAUUUGCCAUGACGCUGAUGCAUGGACAUGUCGUCAUAUGUGUGCGCGUGCUGCAAGGACUCUUUGAGGGUGUAACAUAUCCCGCUUGUCAUGGCAUUUGGCGCUUCUGGGCGCCGCCUAUGGAGCGCUCUCGACUGGCCACGCUUGCCUUCUCGGGCUCCUAUGCUGGCGUUGUGGUGGGUCUGCCGCUCUCUGGACUUCUAGCGGAUGCUGUGGGCUACCAGGCGCCGUUCUAUGCCUACGGCUGCUUUGGCAUCAUCUGGUACGUCUUCUGGCUCUGGCUGUGCUUUGAGAAUCCACGCAAGCAUCCAGCAAUCAGCAUACCCGAGUUGAAGUACAUUGAAAAGUCGCUUGGCGAAUCAGCGCAUCCUACUAUGCCUUCGUUUAAGACAACGCCUUGGCGUCAGAUGCUGCGCUCCAUGCCCGUUUAUGCCAUCAUCGUGGCAAACUUUUGUCGCUCCUGGAACUUUUAUCUGCUGGUGCUGUUCCAGUCCUCAUUUCUGAAGCACAAGUUUGGCUUUAAAGUGGAGGAGGCGGGCUUUGUGGGCUCAUUGCCGCAUCUCAUCAUGACUACGAUUGUGCCCUUUGGCGGCAUGUUGGCCGACAGUCUGCGCAAGAACGGGGUGCUCUCCACCACCAAUGUGCGCAAGCUCUUCAACUGCGGUGGCUUUGGCAUGGAGGGACUUUUCUUUUUAUUCGUAGCACAUUCCUCAACGGCGACUGGCGCAAUGUUUGCCUUAACUUGCGGUGUUGCCUUCAGUGGAUUUGCCAUCUCCGGCUAUAAUGUCAACCAUUUGGAUAUAGCGCCACGCUAUGCCAGCAUAUUGAUGGGUCUAUCCAACGGCAUUGGCACCUUGGCGGGCAUUAUUGUUCCCUACGCGCUGGACGGACUUAUAAAUGCCAAUCCCACUGGCUGCUGGACUACUGUCUUCACCUUGGCUGCUUGUGUUCAUCUUGUGGGCUGCACUUUCUAUGGCAUUUUUGCUUCGGGUGAGCUGCAGCCUUGGGCUGAGCCACCAGCUGAGGAGCAACAGGUAUGGGCGCCACCGGCUGGCGCUAUAACCAACACUACAGACGAUCCCAGUCAGGCUGGCAUGCUUGGCACUUACAUGAAGGAAACCUCAUUUAACGCACCAGAGUACACGGAGCAAAGCCAAAUGCAGCCGACAGCUGCUAUUAGCUACGGCGCCACUGGACACGUGGCUAACAAUCCAUUUGCCACGGCAGGCGCCACUGGGCCCAUUAUGGAGGCGCCCGCUGGCUAUGAGCAGCACCCGAGCAGCAAUCCUUAUCUACAGCAAAGCUAUCAGCAGCAGUAAAUUGGAGAGGUCAGAGUUCAGUUUCAUUGUUAUAAUUAUAAAGCUUUUAGUUGUAGCUCAACGUUUAUUGUUUGUGCUUAAUGUUGCAUUAAUUUGUAUAUAAGUAAACAGAGAAAUUUAAUAUAAACUUACAGUGGUGCAACUUUGCAAAUAAGAAAACAGUUCAAUACUUUUAGCCGAGUCUAACGAAUUUCUUUCACACACACACGCACACACACAAAGAUACACACAUUGAAACUAUGUACCUAAUAAAGCAACUACAUAUACUAUUAGUUAGUUGAACUAAACGUUAUACUUCGGCGAAUCAAACACUAUAGCCUAAUUUACACUACACUACAUGACACUACUAAAUAUCUAUUUACAAGCAGACAUUUGUGUAUAUCAUAUGAAAGACAUAAUCCAGGCACGCAACACGUCUCAAAUUGAAUUGAAUAAAUUAUUAUAAAUAAUACACACACGUACAUAUACUAUAUUUAACUAUUAUUAAUCUAGCUAAAAUUGUUGUUAACUAUGCUAGUUGAAAAACCAAAGCCCAGACACAUUACCGUUGAUGAUAUUAUUCUGUGUAUAACUAAACCAAAUGUCAUUUUACACAUAAAAUUAAUAAUUAAUAUAUUGGAAAAUAAUCAAGCAAUUGUUGAUGUUCGGCACGAAUUAAUCAAAUCAAAUAUUAUACUAAAUAUUAUGCUUAUUUAAGUUUAACAUUUAACUAUUUAGAAGUAGACGCAUAUAACCUCAGAAUUUGGUCUUCAAAUAAAUUCACACAUACUUAAAUAAUUAACUGAAGAACUGCGCUGCACUAAUUGCAUAUUUAAAUGUUUUUGUUUAAAGCUCUUCAGGCAUUUUACGUUAUGUAAAUAAUCUGACAUUUUAAACUUAUUUUAAGUGUUUUUAUUAAGCUUAAU